AACACACUUUAGGAAUCACUACUAGAACACUUGGCGCAGCGUUGUCUGGCUGACUUAACACUACUUAGAUUCAAACUUGACAUUUUCAUGAUGGGGGAGGACACUGACAACAUUUUGUACGAGCAGGUUGUAAGCGUCUGGGUGCGGGACCCGCGGAUACAAAAGAAUGACUUUUGGCACGCCUACAUAGACUAUGAAAUUUGUUUGCAUACUGACAGUGUGUGUUUCAACAAAAAAAUCUCAAGAGUGAGGAGGAGGUACAGUGAGUUUGUAUGGCUCAGGCAAAAACUGCAAGCAAAUUCACAGCUAAUGGUCCAGCUGCCAGAGCUGCCCCCGAAGAAUCCGUUCUUCAGUCUGAACAACGCCCAACAGAUCACUGAGCGCAUGAAAGGGCUCCAGAACUUUUUGACACAGAUCCUCCAGAGUCCUCUGCUGCUGUCCGACAGUUGCUUGCACCUUUUCCUGCAAUCGGAGCUCAGAGUGUCCAGGAUUGAGGCCUGUGCUGCUGGACUGACCCACUUCUCUGUGACCCAGGCAGUUCAGCGCUGUGGACUGAGAAGGUUCCACUCUGAGGAGGAUGUGCAGAAAGACCUCAGCUUGUGUUGUGACUCAGACUCAGACAGCUCCGAGUGUAGAGAUCCAGAGCCACAGAUUAAAGACUUGGCGAUGAACAAAGCAGCGAGCACAACUUUACUUUACUCCAGACGGGAGGAAACCCUCAGCUCCUCUUCUGGUUCUCCAUGAAAACAGCAUCUUCAUUCCGUUUAACCUGUGAAGAAGAAAGUCACCUGUUAGCCCGUCACACUGCACUUAUAGCCACGUACUUUACUCUUGAUGUUCUAAUCUUGAUGGUUUGAAUAAUGUACAGUAAAUAUUAAGAACAAUGUAGCUUUCAAAUUUAGAGUGUGUUCUGUCUGCACAGUUAAAAAAAAGAGGUAGCAGCAAUAUGCCUGUAGAUGGCAGUGUUGUUACAUGCAUAUGUUUGUGUCUGCUGUAACUGUCUGUGUUUACUUCAUAAACAAAUUGAACAGAA